GGGCUCUCCAGGGAAUCCUCCUGCUCUGGUUGUGACCAUGGGAAAGAGAGUGGCUGUCGUGUUGGCUGGCUGCGGGGUGUACGACGGGAGCGAGAUCCACGAGUCUUCUGCUGUGCUGGUGCAUCUCAGCAGGGAGGGGGCACAGGCAGAGGUUUAUGCUCCUGAUGUCGACCAGAUGCAUGUGGUGGACCACGUGAAAGGACAGCCAACUCAGGAGAAGCGCAAUGUGCUAGUUGAAAGUGCCAGAAUAGCCAGAGGCAACAUCAAGGACCUAGCUAAGCUGGAUGUCAAGGGGCUGGAUGCCCUAAUCAUACCAGGUGGCUUUGGAGUGGCUAAAAACCUGAGUACCUGGGCCACCCAAGGCAAGAACUGCAUCAUCUCUAAAGAGGUGGAGGAUGUCCUGAAGGCAUUCCACGCUGCCAAAAAGCCCAUUGGCCUGUGCUGCAUUUCCCCAGUGCUGGCAGCCAAAAUCUUCCCAGGCUGCGAGCUGACUGUGGGUCACGACACAGAGUGUGAGAAAUGGCCUUACGCAAAGAUGGCUGAGACCAUGAAGGAGCUUGGUUGCAAGCAUGUGAACAAACACGUCACUGAAAUUCAUGUGGAUGUGAAGAACAAGCUGGUGACCACCAGUGCCUUCAUGUGCAAUGCCCCCAUUCAUGAGAUCUACGAUGGCAUUGGAAAAAUGGUCAAAGAAGUGGUCAGACUUGCCUGAAUACCACAAAGCCA